AUGUCUUCUUCCUCUCAACAACCUCCUCCCCCAGAGGCGCAACACCAGGAAUCGCAGCAGACGGUCCCUCCUCCCGCUGUGUCUCCCGUCGCGAUGCAACAGCAACAGCAACAGCCGGGUUUCCAGCCGUACGUCUACGCCGCGACAAACCCACCUGUAGUGUCGUACGUUCCCUAUCCAGGACCGCAGCCGACCUGGGACGACCUGGAGCCUGUCCUGGCGAAACCCUGGGAAAUCACAAAGACUGUGUUGCAUGUCUUGUCUGUCCUUCUCGCGGCGACAGGGAUUGGGUUGGGCUUUAGCAGUCUCAACUUCACUUACUUUGCUUACACCGUCGUCAUAUCCGCCGCUCCUCCUUGCAUCAUCGCUGUCCUCUGGAGUCUCGUCGAGCUCAUCGUCCGCGCCGCCCGCAAGUUCCAAAAAGACGGCAUCCAUCCCGGCGCCCACAUCGCCCUCUCCCUCAUCAUCUUCCUCGUCGCCACCGUCCUCACGUCCCUCUUCGGCCCCUGGUUCCAAGACUCCUGGGGCGUCGACUUCAGCACGCAGAACUGCGGCGACCAAUGGAACUCUACUCUGCAUACGACUGUCUGGUCAUGCACCGACACUGACGACGACGCCGCCGAGUACAUGUUUCGGCAUGAGAGGAGCGUUUCUAUUGCGGUGGCUGUUGUCACGUAUCUCCUUGCCGCGAUCCAUUUUUCGUUGUUUGUGGGCGCUUGCGUGGAUACGUCGAGGGUGAAUUCUGCUGCUUCGCGGCCGAUUUAUGUGAUUGCGCAGCCGCAGAUGAUGCAGCAGGGAUGGCAGCCGAUUCCGCAGAUUCCCAUCCAGCCUCCGCCUCCGGUUCAGCAGCCUGUAAGUCGGGAUGUGGCUCCUACAGAGGGCGAGAGUAGGAAUAAGCGCAAGGAUAAGGGGAAGGGGAAGGGGCCUGCUCUGAAUAACAUUGAGGAGCAAAACGAGGCUGGUGGUUCGCAAUCGUGA